AGGUGCUUCAGACAUGUGGUUGAAGGGGGAGUCUCGCGCAGUGGUUCCCCUUCACGAAAGUACAAAAGUAGUCGGUGCAACUACACCUUAGACGGUCGGUGCAUCUAUCGGGCUCCUUAACUCACACUUGCUGGCAUUCUUGUCAAGAAACAUCACGCCACGCCCAACUCUCGUUUUCGGGUGCUUGCCUGCUACUUCGUCUUUCUUUAUUUCUGGACCUUGCAGUUGCUGUUGCUCUCUGGAUCUGGUCCAUCGAAUUAGAAUGACCUCUGCCGAGGCCAUGUCAUCGGGAAGCGCGACGCCGCUGCUUUUGAUAUGGCAGCUGCUUGUAGAGAAUAAAAUUUGAAUUUUGCUUUCAAGUUCAACUGAUGACGAUGAGACCAUGUUUCAAAUACUAUUACACACAUACGUAUGAGUAAAGGACCAAAUUGGAGGACCACAGUUUUCUCAACUACGACUAGAAAUCCAAUUAAUCACACUUAGUCCCCCCCUCUCCACCCUCCCAUUCAUUCCAUCCACGUCCGGCGCGCAGUGUGAGUCGAAGCGGAACGAGCAGUAGCUCGAAACUCGUGGCGUCGUCUCCAGGAGACGAGAGCUCGCGAACUUCAGCAUGUUCCUCUACGGGCGAUCCACGUGCUUCUAGUACUGGAAAUCAGGCAGCUUCUACUGGAAAUCAGGCACCGAAGAAUUCCAUGGUUAGUAGAGCUGAAGAUGCGGGCAUGAAAACGCCUCUCGUUGGUCAGCAAAGACAAGAUCAUGUGAGUCCAGUGACUCUGACAAGUGCUAGACCGAAUCGACCACCUGCUAAGAUACCGACUGAUGCAGUACCUGCAUGCUUUUCAGCCUCAAAACCACGGUUCUGCGACGACCGAUCAAGCGCAAUAUGUCUCUUCGAUCCGCCGCCUAUUUAUGGCUGGAAUGAGACGUGAAAACUACUAGCCUUAGUGAUCUAAGUACUUAGGUAGAAUACCGAUGUGGAAUUGUUGGCGAGAUCGUUAUGAUCUCGGUAACAGCAUUAGCAUAUAUAAGCAUUUUUGCACGAAGUAUAAUUGAAUCUACUUCUAGCUACUUCCUACUUCCUAAGUUCUCGUACCAGAGCAAGCGCGCGCGACAGAUGCAGAUCCAACAAUCACACCAGCAAGCAGUUCGACAGGGCUGGCCUUGCUACGGACCGACUUGGCCAACGAACGGACGUUUCUAGCGUGGAUACGAACAGCGGCAGGACUUGUGACACUUGGGUAUUGUUUUUGUCCACCAGAACGUUACUGUCACGAUCAUAUCUCAUCACCGAUUAUUUUCACUUCCACUUGGUAGUUGCUGUUACACCUGCACCUCCUGCUGUUGAUACCUCUCCUCUAAUAAAUAAUUUUUCCUCUCCUCCACCUCCUGCUCAUCCACUGGGAACACCAGUUUCGCAGUCGAUAAGCUGUCCAGUGGGCGCAUCGACUCGAUAUGCGCAGUGGUCUUCGUCGCGCUUGGGGUCUGGUCAGCGGCUGUAGGAACGAUUCGGUACUACCAAGUACGGAGGAGUCUGAUAAAGCGGAACUACCUUUUGAGUCUUAUACCAGAAGACUUCCGCAUCGGACGCAUUGGUCUCAGAUGGUUCAUCAGCGUGCUGGGACUCUUCUCCGUUUGUGCCAUGUCGCUUGUUUGUGCCACACGCAUGCUAGGCCCGCACGGUCCUGCGGCUUCCGCUUCUACCGAGGGUGAAGAAACACGAGAUGAAACACGUAGCUCGCCCUUAGCAUCAUCUGCAUCUUCUUCAAAUGAAGCUAAGGUAGUAGUAGGAGUUGGAGCCUCAAUCAAUCCGGGAUCGAAGGAUGCAGUUUCAGAAGGUCUUGUUGUCCCAAGAACAUCCACAAAAGGUCUACUAGUAGCCCCAAAUAAUAAUCUUGCGGUCUUCAACCCUGACUCGACGGCGACGACGACGUCAACUACAGAAGUGCCCAGAGACGAAAAUACAUUAAAACGAGCAUCUCUAUCUGAGACGCGAUUCUUGGGCCCGCGAGGAAGCACACGAAGUUCUUGAUGAAUAAGUACACGAAGCAUCAUUAACAGGAGUAGAAGAACUCUUCAUCCCCAGCAAAGGACGAAACGAAGGAUCGCGGUGCGCAGCGCGAUUAUUUAUUUUUGCAUAACAAGAGUGGUCAGUAGCGUUUCAUCUUCUAUUGUUCUAAAACGAAGCUGCUGGACGUUUCUAUGGGGGUAGGCAAAUCUACUAAAUGUUAUAAAUGUACAAGCAGAUGAAGCUGCUGAGUCAUCUAUUAUCCACCUGAUAAGUUCUUAACACAGGAAAGUCGUGAUGUGAACGUGAAGAUUAUCAAAAGAGGAAUACAAAAAUGUGACGGUGGUCGAUUGACCCAGACGACAAAUUUCGAAUAUAUCAUAUGACAUAUGUCUUCAUUUGACAAAUCGAACAUUCUUUGCCACGUAACAGCCGUGACAGAGGCGUGAGAAUUUCCGCACUAGCAAGAAGAAAAUCAAAAUUUAUUAUCGGUGCGAUGAAGAUGAUCAUGAUAUUCUUUAUCUUUUGUGAUGCACAACGGAGUAUUCACCAUCUUCAGUUUGUCAAUAAUUGCCUCUUCUUCCACAAUAGAAUCCAUUGUCUCGGGCUGAAGGCCGCCGUGCAGUUCGAGGCUCAUCGUGAGGAGAAUAGGAAUACUUGAUUUCCAUAGCCCAUCUGAGUCGAAAACUUGAGAUGGAAGUCGAUACAAUCAUGAGUGACAGAAUGAGAAUGAAAAGAGCGCGAGCUGGUGCGUCGAACCUUCGAAAAGCUUGUAAUUGUAACUGUAACUACGCAGUGUGAAUGAAAAACCGCGCUCCUCCUGGCUAAUAUCAUUGAUUGAAAGACUAGCCCAGGAUAGAGUGUAGAGUUGUGAUGGAGAUUGUAGAGAUUUUCUGCUUAUCAAACUGGUUACUACGUUACAACGAAAACAAUUUUUACUAACACGGUCGCACCCCUAUAUAUAACUAUCGAAGAGGAAUAAGAACUUGAACUGUAUGAACUCUAACAAAAAACAACUUAUACUUCAGAGUGUAAUUCUUGUUAAUGAUAUUGUCGUAUAAAUAGAACAGCAAGAAGAUGUCCUUGGUGGAAGAAGAGAAGGGGAACAUGACGGAGGUAGUAGUCGCAGAAGAAGUCGACGAGGUUUCGUCGACGGCAGUGUUUAACACGCUGUUUCUCCCCACUGCUCUUCCGGCGCGACAUGAAGAUCCUGAAGGGAAUCGAAUUUUCGAGUUUUUGGAGGACUUUGCGAAGGAUCGCCUCACGGGGCGAGAAGCGUGGCACAAGAGCGCGGUCGAGAAUCGUGGCACAACUUAAGGCUAGAACCUUUUCAUCAACUCGCUUGACCUUUUCAUCAACCCUUUCCAAACAAUCAAGGGGAGCUACUUGAUUAACUGUAACUAAGGAGAAGGAGUUACAAUUAACAGAAAAUGAAAGAUUACUUCGUAUGUGGCUAGUGUUUUACAGAGCAAUCAAGGGGAGCUACUUUCAUCUUCAUCAGGCCACUCAGCCGUUACUAGCUCUAAAAGCCGCUGAGUGCAGACGCGAAAACUGUAGAGAAGUUUUUCAAGAACUUCGUGCACGUCGAGCGUGCUGAUGGAUUCAGCGCGGCGUUCCAUACGAAGACGCGGGGAGCAAAGUCGGGGGAAUGCCUUGGUUGUUGGAUCAGAAAACAGAACUGCGUGAUGGUGAUCCGGCGACGCGAAAGCAGGGCCGAAGUGAGCUUGUGGACAGCGCAAGGCAGCCGGAAGGAGUGCAUGCAGUACGAUCACCUUUUCGCUAAAGUCCCAGAGUACCAGUUCGACACCGCCUGGGCGAACGUGAGCAGCGCCACCUUCUCCCGACUAGUCGAAGAACUGCGGGCUGACGCUUUUCCGCGCGCCCAGCCACCGGCACAGGAAACGAAGGACGGAAGAGGCAGCAAAGUCAGGAAGCCCAAGUCGCAGAUCCCGUCAAUGGCCUAUGUCCGUGAUGUGCUCUUGGGGGGUGUCAUCGAGGCCGACGCAGCCUCGGUGGACAUAUUCCGAAAUCGUGGAACUGGUACUGUGACAAGUUCGGCACUUAUUUCUAGUGGGACGAGUUCUUCAUCAAGAAAGUGUGACAAUAAAGCAACAUCAUCAUCAACCAAGGAUCUCCUGUCGACAUCAUCGUGCACGGAGGACCGUCUGCAGAAUGGCCACCUGCGGAAAACGGUACACGACCACGUACGCAGAGACGACCAGAACGCAGACGACCCCGAACACUGGCAAAGAUCCCCAGCUUGGUUCGUUUUCCGCUCAGCACUCCACUUCGUCUGCGCCAGUCUGCUCAACAACAGUGUGCUAUACAAGGUGCUGCAGCAGUCCAUACUAUGCUACUGCUUGGAUAGCCAGGUGGAGCGUGCCUCCAGGCAGGUCGCCGCUUUUGUUAAGGCUAGAGAUAAUCCAUCUUUGAGAGUAUCCCUGAAAAGUAUGAGGGAGUAUUCUCGGGCAAUACUCCCCCAUACUUUUCAAGGAUACAGCAGAAAGAUGAAUUGCGGACAGCUCUAAUUUUGCCCGUCCGGAUGCAGCAGGAGCAGAUGAUGUGGCGAAGGCGCUUCGCUUGAGUUCUUUUUCAGAGGCUGUCGGAAAAAUCCAGCGAAGGCAAGUGAAGCUACGGGAGCUCGUAGAGCAGGCUGUCGCAGGAGGUUCUUCUGGUUCAAGGGAUCUUUCUGUCUUGCUCACGAUCGCAGACGCAUUCUCGAUGAAGUCCGUUACUGGAGGAAGUGUUUUUGUACACAAAGCGGAGGCGACGCGAACAGAGAAAAUUGCCGAUGGAAGCCGCAGUGUAGGAGUUGCUCUCACACGGGAGCAGGUGCGAGAGGAUCGCGAGCACAAGCUGACGAAUUCGGAGAGUACGCUAGUGCUGCUGGCAGACGCGGUAGCAGCACGGGGUGGCGAUACGGGAGACUCCGAGAACGCUCCGGAGGGCGCACAAGCUCAUUCGCUGAAGGUGUGGAGCAAAGACCGAGACCUAGGAGACCCUGAGAGCGUCUCGCAGGGAUUAGCGAGCCUGAGACUCGACCUUGAAAAUGUGAAGAGACUCGAGCCUCCGCAGCUCUGCGAAGUAUUUGCAAAUGUCGAAGACGCGGUCAUGAGCAUGUGGAAGCGUCGCGAUCGCGUAUACGUGUUUGACGGUGCUGAGAUGGUUCGCUUGCAGAAAGCAUACGCUGGGGCAGGCCUGCAGCACUCCAGCGGCUGCUUUCGCUCUCGCAGCCGAGUCGUUCUGAUGUCGUUGACAAUGUUCCUGCUGGUGGAUCGUCGAGCUUGCUUCUUAGAGAAGGUCGUCUCCCGGCAUGGGUUGCAGAUCCCGCCAGAUUUUUUACAUUGUCUUCUUCUUGAAACAGCAGAGCUGCGACUACAUUUGGAAGAGAUCGAGCACUACCUGGCAACUCGCCGUCCGUCGUGUCCAAACAGCGCGGAAACAGAAACUGCUGACGCAAUGGACGUGGACGGAGAGGCUGAGGAAUCACUCGUGCCAGAUCGCGACCCGGUUUUGCACUGCAAGAUCUCGGAGAAAUCGCUGGCGGUUUGCUUCGCCCGCCAGAGCGCGGAAAUGCAGGCAAAACUACGGAAAAUUCAGUCCGAUUGCGACGGCAUAACCGCGCGGAAGCGCCAUGAGCUGGACAGCCUCAAGGAAACGGCUAGAGCAUUAGUUGGAGAGGCUCAAAGAAAUAAUUGCACAUGCAGAUUCUACAUCAAGAAGAAUGGACAAAAUGGGCGGCGUAUGACGAGCUUACGCAAUUGCCUCCGGUGCCACGCUGAAGAAAAAAGAAGAAAUUUGUCAUUUCAACAGCACAUGAAACUGUUGCCGGAGGCAGACUUGAAGCGGCAGGCCAUUGUCUUCGACCUCAUGAAGCCAGAGCCAAUCGACUCGCUGGAGCGGAGCCUCGUCGUGUUUUCAAGAACCAUCUUGCACGCUGCAGAUGUCGACGCCCGUGACGUACUGCACACACAAUCUUUUCACUCUUGGAACGCUCACCCCGCUCUCCGCGACUACAAAACAGAUUCGCGUAAGAUUACCUGCGAAGAAGAGACUAGGUGCGUAAUUGGAACGACAACACCUCUCUCGCACAACGCGCAUCGCAUCCAUCCAGAUCACUGCUACAGCGUCAGCGUCGAGAACGAUGGAAACACGUGUCCCGGAGUCAAUAUUGGGAGGUAUUGAUGAUUGAAAUCCUUAAAAAGCUUAACUAUUGAUUGAAGAUUAAACUUGAAGGUUUAUUUCUUGCGAUUUCACAAACACAACUGCAAAUCAAAGACUAGGAUGAAAGUCUUAAUAAGAUAGAAAAUAUCUCAAGUCAUAUUUUUGAAAUCAGACGCAUGACCAACACCAUGAACAUCUGUAUGUAUGACAAACGACGCACCACUUCAGGGCGGGUACGCUUGGGAAGGUGGAAGCCGUGUCAAAGUGGGGUUGGAGUUCGCUUCUCUCGCUGAUGCAUGUCAAGUUUGAAACGAAGCGGUAUCCUCAGAAGGGAAAACUCUUGCUUGGGACCGUCCACAAGGAGAACGAAAUCAUCGCGAGCCAAAGCGAGGCCUUCGCGAGUACUACCGAUGCGUCCGAGACAGUGGAGCUCCGGGAGUACGUUGACUACGGGCUCUUGCGCGCUGGACACCACUUGCAACUUCCGCGAUUGAUCGAGGCAAUACACACACGGACGCUGGACUUCAACAACCGGGACGUGUAUUCGCUGGUGGUGGCUUCUUUGUGGCAAGUUUGUGCGCCAAUAAAGGGAGAGCAGUCCUCUCCGAUCACAGUAGACGCCGCAUUGCUGCAGACCUUGCCCUGGCGCGAGCCUACAGCGCUUCUCGGUGAUCCCGCCUUCGCGGCCGAUCUGCUGGCAGCUGCGCGGAGUUUGCUUGACGCCUGCAAGGAAAACUGGGACAAGCGCGUCACGCUGCUAAUCGUCAUCAGUAUUGCGCAGUUUGUUUUCGAGCACCUGCCAAAGACCAAUGUGAGCGGUGCAGGCGGCAGCUCGAGUUCAUCUUCCUCCAGUGCUUCUGACGCGAGCGAGGCGUGUAGGCUUGCUCUAACAAGUGCGCUUGCCUCUUGCGCCAGCCUUCUCAAGGAUUGUCGCGAGGUCGCACUUGCUUGGCUAGGAAAGCUUUGCGCUGCGGCAAACGAAUCUACCAACGACAGGGAGAUGCAGGCGCUGCGUACGAAGAUUUUGGAAGUAGCCGCUGCUGCAGCGCAAACCUUUGGUCCAACAGAGCUGCUUUUGCCACGCAAAUUCGACGACAGCAGGCUGCUCCAGCACUGGCACAGAAAAUGCGACGUCAGCGACUGGCUCUACGUCAGAGCACUCUACCGGGAUAACUUCUCUUCGGCGGCGCUUGAGAGCCCCUGGCUGAAACGACAGAUCCUCGCAGCGGAAGACGUCGCUCAGGCGAUCGGGAGAUACCUUCUGUGCUCCUGCCCAACUUCUUCGACGAAGAUCGCCAACGAAGCGCUAGAUAGGUUCUUGUGCCGCUAUUGGAGCGGCGCAGCCUGCUUAGAGAGCGGCUCGGCGAGAACGGAGUGGAAACACGUACCCGGCUCGGCGUGCUUCGAGACAAGACUUCUUGCUGACCCUGAUGAAAGCAAGAAGAAGGACAGACCACUUCUCCAAGUUGACUGCAUCACCGGAACCUUCCUCGUCAAUGGAGACCCGUGCUCACGACUGCCCGAUGAGAUUGUCGGUCACGCAGACUAUGCGCGGAUAUUCGGAAAAUCGAUCUUCAUCGUGCAGCCGAUCGGCAACCGAACCUACAAAACCUGCAUGCCGCUACAGGGUUCGUAUUUUCUCUUUCGCAGUCAGGGUGUCGGCCAGAAUCCGCUGAUCAUGGAGGAGCGCUUGGCACAUGAGCACAGUGAUCUGUCUUCAGGAAGCGAGUUAAUGGACGUUUCGGCCGAAAACAAAGAGCAUGGCAGUCUACACGAGUCUUUGCCGGUGUCGCCGAGCAGCAAGCGGUCCACCCGGUCCGUAUACGUGAGCCCAAGCACGUUUCAGUCCAAGGACUCGACGCGGGACCGCUACCAAGAUGACCUCCCAAGUGAACUAAUCUCAAACUACGGAAUUUGGCUUUCUGUAAGAGCAGAUGCGGCAGGACUACUAGACGAGGAAGGUGCCACAACUAAUACUAAUCCUGCGACUGAUGGUGCCAACGGUGUAGUUGAGGCUGCGAAGCCGCGUGUCUGGGAGCUGUCCUUCCGACCGGUGCACUAUGCUGACGCAGAAUUUCCGCUUCGGCGCGACUACGUGCUGAAUAGUGAAACGCGUUUUUUGCACGACAAUCGCUCUAAACGCGACUUGCUCGACUUGUACAGCACUAGUGUGACGCAGUUGCAUGAGCAAGUAUUUCGCCGUCUCGCGCCCUUGCAGCACAUGCACUGUUUCUGUACGAACGAGACCGAGGACAAGAAGAUUGCGAUGGUGCAGUUGCCACGAAUGCAGAACAUUCGGUUUUUUGUCAACGCUUUGCCGCCUUUGAAGUCGGCGGUGCUAGACGCGGCGUCCCCGAGCAUCGUAGGGUCGCCGUCGCGUAAAAGGCGACUGCUCCCGUCCGAGGAAGAGGAGGACAAACAGCGGCUCGACGAACCUAUGUCGCUAGGUGGAGUGGAAAACGACGAGGAUGAAGGCAUGAAUCCGUAUCCGGAGCGCGUCUGCUAUAACAAGAUUUUCUCCCCGGAGUUUCAAGAUUUCGUGAUCGUGGAGGAUCAAAACUACGGCACUAUGCGAGGUCUGAGUAGCGGUCUACUGCUGGCGCCGCCGGCUUGCGCGGACGGCGGAAAGCCGACCCAGAACAGACUACUCGUGGUUCCAUUUUCUACCGAUGUUAAGCGAGACGCUGAAGGCCGUGUUUGCAUUGGUAUCCACGACUUACUCGACCCAAGCUUCUUCGUCUUCUCUCUGCGUGAUGGCCUCGGCGACAUUCUUCCGCAGCAGGACACGCUGGCGACACUCUUUCUCGCGUUGUUGCACGGAAUCACGUCAGGAUUGACAUCAGAUGAAUUUCUUGGCUGCACCGGCGCGCAGCAAGCCUUGAAGUUGCUACGCAGCGGUCGCGCACGCGGAAACAUCGUGAAUUCGAUGCCAGGUUCUGACACCCAGGCAGAAACGCAGCUUAUCAAGUCAUUGACUACAAGGGUCGCUUUGCUCAAAAAGAUCGCAAGUUUGUCACUACCACGAAACGGCGGAGUGGACGGCUGCGCACUGCUGGAACAGAACUCCGCUGAUUGUCCGACGCGACAGCCACUUGAGCCCUUGAUGGCGAAUGGCCAGUACGCGUUCAUCGCGCAGGAAAUGCUUGAGGAGAUGUCCUUUGCUUUGGAGCUGUCCGGACGCCCGGCAUUGACGCUAGAAGUGGGUGACGGCGAGCAGCAGAAGAACAAAGGCGACAACUCACACUCAGUGAUGUUGACCUUCUACGGCGUCGAGCUCUGCAACGAACUUCGCGAGCUCGGAAAGGUGCUUCAGAAUCGCACGGCACUGCUGAGUUUGCGAGCAUUGCUGCGUUCGUACAAAAUAUACCCGGAGGCUCUUCGGCCAUCAGAGUCGGACAUGACGAAGUACGAGAAAAAGACGGACCCGCGCAGAGGAAUGCCUGUCAGCUUUUCAAAAUGGCUGCACACAGGCGACGGCGCCUUCAUUCUACCACCGGCGCACCAGCUUUCUGCUGAGCAACUGCAUUCAUUGAAUUGGCUGGACAGUCUAUUUCGCGACCCAUCCAAGCUGCGUGAUUAUCCACUGGCUUCGCUGAAGGCGCUUCUUUGCAGCGACAAAGUGGGGCAGAAGUUUUCGACGCUCGCGGGUCGACGAUUCACUAGCGCCACGGCUUCAAGCAAUGGCUGGGGGAUCUCGGGUGCCGGUGAGCUGCAGGAGGACCUCGGAAAGCUCUUUGCGCUUGCAAAGGCGAUGAUGACGACACCAGUCACUACAACUGGCGGCAGCUUCGACGAUGACGACGGGGGCGCAGACGAUGGCGGGCUGGGUUUUCCUCAGCCUGCAGGUGGACUGAACGAUCACGAUUCGGAUUCCGAGGACGUCCCUGGAAGCGUCCACUUCGGACACCUCUUUCUGGAUUUGUACGAAUUGGCGCGCUUUGCUUCGAUGCCGGGCAAUCGCAUGCAGCUGAACUCGGUUGCUCGCAGAGAGCAUAAAAACAAACUCCGUGCACUACUGGCGAUGCUGGCCCUCGAGUGUCCGGAGGCGAGCCGAACCCUGAUUCCGGUGCUUCUACUGAUCGUUCACUACAGGGAUUCGGUGGGCCUGGAAGCUGCGUUGCCGUACGAGAGGUUCAUCCGGCCGCACCUCGCAGCGUGGAAGGACGAAGCCGCCGAGUCCUGCGUGUCGCGGUAUUGCCGCGAAUUUCCGGAAGUAGAGCCACAGCGAAGGCCACGAGACCACUACGGCAUCGAACAAGAGAAUUGGGAGGACUUCCAGGCACGUCACGGCGCCUGGCUCGCACGAAAGGCGGCGCACCAGGCGCUGCGUCGAGAUCUAAUUCGCAUCCUCUGCAAUCGACUGCGCAAGGUUUUCUUAGAAGGCAUAUCCGUGAAUGCAGAUCGUGAUGUGGUGCCCGGCGCGUGGCGUGGUGAGCUGGACAACGCUGCAUACACACUACCAGUCGAGAAUCAUGCGCUUUUCAACUCGAAUCUUCGUGAUGAUUUCGCGGCCCAUGCCAACCGCAUAUUCUCCAACUGGCGAAAAGCAAAGGCGCUGCAGGACUGGCUCACUCGACUGCAGCCAAAGCUUAGCAUCAUUCGGAGCCAGAUACCCAAAGCUGACGCUAACAAGGGUCAGGGCAUCGUGUCCGGCAGCAGCAGUACUUUUCUCAACAACCACAAUGCGCAGACUGCGGCAACUCUACAGAGUCUGCUAGACGCAAGCGCACCAGCCAAACGAGACUGGGGCUCAAAACAGCAAAUCAUCAUCGCACGAUCUCGAACACUCACAGAUGCCGUCGUGAAGCGGGUAAUUCGCGGCUUACCGAACAUUCCCACUGGACCCAGGUUUUGCGAUCUACCGUUUGAUGAAAAGGACGCACCUGCGAUUCCGAAAGCAAAGCGACAGAGAGUAGACCAGCCGGAUUCUCUCACGGCCUUUGCAAGCAGCACUAGUCGUGAUGAGCGGGCAAGCAAGAACAAGAAGCAGAAAGCAUCUCCAAUCUCGGAUUUGCAACUAUCGUCGGUUGCUGGAGAAUACGCGGAAUUAAAUGCGCUUUUUGGCAAGGAGUUGGAAGAAAGUCUCUCACUUGCACAGGCGGAGCUUACCAGCAAAGACGAGGAUGAAACUCUUGAGCAGCAUGUUCCCGACACCCAAAAUGUGCUGGCGUACCUGCAGGAGCAGACGAAGCAAGCGGAGAGCGUCUUCAAACUCCACUGGAAAGCAGCACGGGACAGCCUUGGCGGCGUGCAAUAUCUGGAAGACACCUUUUCGCAGGACGCCCACACGGUGACCGAUCUGCUCAUGUCAGGGCUCGGGAAACACCGCUCCAGUGCAAGUUUGACAACGUUGAUUACCCGCUGCGGCCUGGCAUUGCGGGCUCUCCAGCGUGCAAAGCGGUGUUUAGAGAUGUUUCGAAAGAAGCAGCUGCAUCACCUGCGCAUCGAACUAGAGAAUGACCCUGCGCAGAGCUACGACGUGAAGAGGCAUCCGCUGUGGUUGGCGUUUGAAGUGGAAAAUGAUCUCUGCAUUCGCAAGCGGCAGGCGAAAGUCGCACAGGAGCUCGUAGAUGGGGAGACUAACCGACUUUUGCAGCUGGAUAUGGGGGAAGGCAAAACUGCUGUAAUUGUGCCCAUCUCGAUGCUGGCACUUGCAGAUCCGCAGUCUUCAUCCGGUUCGUGUCAUCCCAUUGUCCGGCUCACGGUGCUGUCCUCGCUUUUUCAGACCAACGCAUCGGACCUUCAGUUCAAACUAGGUGGAGUUCUGCAGUGCCGCAUCCUGCCGCAGUUGUGCCGCAGAGAUUUGAAGCUCAGAGCGGAGGUGCUACUGCGGUCCCUGGACAUGUACAAACAGGCGAGCAAAAACGGCGACGUGGUCAUCACCGUUCCUGAGUACCGGCUGACGGCUGAGAACAAAGCGUUGGAGGUCUCCGCGCCCAGCAGUGCGCACUUUGACGCUAGCGGCAUCGCGGCCGCGGCACUGCGCGAGCAGCAGCAAUUUUUCCACUCCCGCGGUCGCGAAAUUUUGGACGAAUCAGAUGAAAUCUUGAAGCAGCAACUCGUCUACUCCCUCGGUUCGCCACAAGACAUGGACGGCUCGUUGAUCCGCUACCAGCUCGCAUCUCUCGUUCUGUCAGUCGUGUCCCAGAAUGCGGCUGCCUUGCUGCAGAAGUACGGUCCUGACGUGAUCGAGGUAGAAGGCGCUAUUUCUGCGCGAGCGGGACCACGACAGCAGCAGCUGAUAGAACAUACGAUCAGAAGUCAUCAGCAUGAGUUUGCUGGAUUGCGAUUACUGGAGCACGCGUCGCAAGGUACAGUGUUCACGGACAUUCGCGAUCUGUGUGUCGACGCAUUGCUGGAGUCGCACCGACUGAAGCUCUCGCGCUCCGAAGCGACACAAUUGAAGCACUUCAUAGUGGACGGGCACUUGAAUGAGCACACGAAAGCAGCCUUUAAAGAUGAGUUUGACGAGAACACGCAGAAAAUCGCUCUGAUCAUGCGGGGGCUGUUGACGUUCGAGGUGCUACUGGUCGUUCUCCGAAAGCGGUGGCGAGUCGAAUACGGCGCACACCCGACGAGACCUACGUAUUCCCUCGCCGUGCCCUUUGUGGCCAAGGACGUUGCCUCCGAAAAAACGGAAUUUGCGCAUCCAGACACCUGUGUUCUGCUGACGCUCUGCAACUACUACAGAAGCGGUCUAUCCGAGAAGCAGUUCGAGGCGGUCUUUCGAAAGCUGGACACGCUGUCCUCAUCAGAGGCGGACGCGUUCUACGCAGGAUGCGCCGCGGAGAUCAACGGUGACCUGCUCACUGAAGAAGAUGCGAAGGUUCCCGCCUCGCGCACCGGAGUGAACCUUGAUGAUCGAGUUUUCGUUUCGACGGUGCUGUAUCCAAACUUCCGGCGUCACAUGCGGAUCGUGGACUUCUGGCUGCAGCGAAUGAUCUUUCCCGCGCAGGCCAAGCAGUUUCCGAAGAAGCUGGUUGCCACCGCUUGCGACUUGUGCAAAAGCUCGGAGCUCUGUCCAUCGUGGAAAAGCGUCACACAGGGCUUUUCGGGAACGGACGACACCAAGCACGUGCUGCCUGGUACCAUUGUGCAACGGAACAUGGAAGAGCUGAAGACUACCGCAGGAGUUCAGCUGUUGCGCUUCCUUCGUCCAGAAAACGACGGCUACCACGUGUUGCAACAGGAGACGUCAGGUGGUAGCCCAGCAGAACAGAUCCUGCAACUGGCAACAGAAGACCUGGAGGUAGUUGCUAUUUUGGAGAGCGGAGCGCUCAAUCUGCAAUGGACCAAUGAAACGAUGUGCCGCCACUGGCUCGAGCGUCGCCCCGACAAGGACUACGCGGUCUUCUACGACGCGGCGAACAAGAUUGUGGUCUUGAGCAGGCUUACUGGCUCCGUGACUCCAUUUAAACUUUCGCCGUGUGCCAACGACAUGAGCCGCGCCUUGCUCUAUCUCGAUGACGCACACUGUCGCGGAUCAGAUUUUCGACUCGUUCCGACCGCAAAAGCGCUGCUCACGUUGGGGAAAGGCGUGUGCAAGGAUAAGCUUCUGCAGACGGCGAUGCGCAUGAGGCAGCUAGGUGAGGGUCAGCGCAUCGCCUUCGUAGCCAGCCGUGAGGUCCACGCACAGGUAGUGCCCAUCAUGGAGGCGAGGAGCACUAGGGACGAUAGCAAGUCCGCUGCUAGUUGCAAGCGGCCUCCGCCUCGUAGCGUGUUGGAACAGGAGGCAGGGAAUGCAGAGGCUGAUAACGUACUUCAACUUCUACUACUUAACUCAUUUCAACAUGAAUAUCUUUAUCAAUAUUUAUACUAGAGUAGUUUAUAGAACGGAUGUAGGAUGGACUUGGAUGGAUCGGAUGGACCCCCCUGAUUCUUCCGGUCCUACAUGAAAUGGUGGGAAGUCCAUCCGUUCCAUCCGAUCCAUCCGAUCCAUCCCAUCCCGGAUCUGGCACCCCUAUAAACUGCUCUAUUAUACAUAAUUUACAUCUAAUAGAUACGUUAGAAUAACGACACCAGAGGUUCCAUGACAUGACUACAUGACAUGAAUGUUGAGAAUCAAUUCUUCUUUCAACACGGUUUUCUUCCUCUUCGAGAUCUUCGGCUAAAAUUGAAACGAUGUUAGCAAGAUUCUAGUAACUUGGCGUCGUCCAUCAUUGGUUUUGUUGAUGAAGAGCGUUCAUCUUUUCAUGUUCAUCUCGAGUUCUUAUGUAGAGUCUGCAUACCAUAAAAAUCGCAGGGUCCGUCGGAAGAGGAGGUCGUAGCCGCACGAGAAAAAGCCGAGGCACUGGAGAAUGUGAAGAAAACACUCGAGAAAUUCAGUCACAAGUUCUCUGAGGAACAGGAACAGGACCUGAAAAGAAGCUUAAAAGUGAUUGCGAGUGCCAAGAAGAGGAAUACGACAGUGAAGCGUGAAGAUCAAACUUCUGGACAAGCCUUGAGCAGUUGCUCGUGGUCUUCUAGUAGUACAGUUGUAGGAUCUGAAGUUUCAGGCACUACUAUGGAUCUGAAGUUUGCCCCUGCCGUGCUCGAGUGGAGUCUGCAAAACACGUACAAGCGGCUGGGGGAUCUGGUCCCCUCCUUCGCAGCGCAAAGCAGAUCGUCAUUGGUCAAAGCAGCUGCUUUUCGCAAGUUCGAGGAGGACACAGCUGUGCGUGUGGUCGCUGUUGAAGAGGCAGAAAUGGCAGAUGCGUCAAACUCGCUAGUUCCAGAGGGUGAUCAUGAAAUUAUGGACCGCUCGGCGUCUUGUGCGGAGGCCUUGCACAACCUUAAUCGACCUGACGAACAAGCAAGGCAACAGCAAGCGGCGAAGGUCUUGACAGAAGCGUGCAUAGAGAGCGAAGUGCUACCCUUAGAGGAUAUGUAUGGACACUCUCGUGGUCUGCAUGGACUACCGGACCUCGUUGCUCGCACAUUGCACAAGUUCCUCAAGAAUAAAGAACAAGAUCCGGAUGGUACUACUAUUUAGCGUUUCCUUUCGCUUUUUGUUUUACCUGCAGCUCCUCAUGCAGAUUUAUAAUUCCUUGCUUUGUAGAAGUUGAUGUUAUUUGCAGUCGUGUGUUGUUUUUACAUUCAUGAUGAUCAGAUUUAUAUUUUUGAAUGCGAAUAAAAACAAGCAGUACAACAUCGUUUCUUGAUGAAAAUAAAACUCAGACUUCUCACCUUGUAACUUCUUCAUCUUUUCUUGUUUUACAGCAAUGGAUGUUGACGAUGGGCAGCCAGCAGCUGUUGAUGCUGCAAGUGCAUUUAGCCGAAAGAUCUUGCAGCGUGUACAAGCUCUAGUCCCGCGCGUACGACGGUUUGCUGCAGGCUUGGAGGAGGAACAGGAGCGCGAACUUGAACAAGAGUUGGAAGAAGAAGUGCAGAAUUUCCGUCCACCAGCGGCUGCGGCGCGGCCGGAGAGUCAUCCAUCGGAAGGGCUUCUGAAUUUCCUCAAGCACCCAAUGCAGCCGAUUCCUGGCGGCCAGCACACGCCGCUUCUCCAGCUACGCAGCGCAGUAUCGGGCUGUGGUGAACUGACGGAGAAAUUGGCUGACGGGUUGUUCGCGUUUCAGAACAAUGGAGGCAACGCGACCUGGCGGGACGCGGUUUACGUGACGGAGAACUUCGCAAAGACAAUCUGCUCCAAUCCUGACACAACUGUUGACGGCACGUUUUACCUAAAACAGGUCCGAUGGCUGAUGUACCACGAGGAGCGGAACAUCGCAGUUUUGGUCUCCAAUUUUGAGGCUGAGUACUGCGCGAAGUACUUCGUGCGCGCCAGCAUUGCUCGAACCGGCCCGGUGAAGCUUUUGCCGUUCGUUCCGGUUGUGCGGCGCGGCCAAAAGCCAAGUGACGGAUUCGCGAACUCUUUCGCCGCUGGCUUGUUGUUCACAGACCUGCAGCGCGCGUUUGCUCCUGCCAUUCAUGUAAUCGCAGGCAGCAUUCACCUGGACCCGCUGAGCCAAAGCGCGAAGGAAGUUUUUCGCUACCUGUCGCUUGCUCCACGGUUCGACACAGGUUUAUCGGCAUUGGAAAAGAAGCAGUGGGAUGGUCUCUUCGAGCGUGGCUUGAUCGACAAGGAUGGCUUCGUUCGCGGUCCCACGGAACAACGGAAACGAAAGGAUUUGCAAUCGCGUGAGGAUUUACUCAAAAGCGUUGGAGUGUCCUCUAAGGCGUCCUCUGAGAGUCUGCGAGCUUCGGUCCUGCUAGCGCAGUCUCCGGUGCCGUUCUUGGUUCAUCUAUACACCAAGGGUCGACACCUAGAUCACGAACUGCGUUCGAGUCCGGUUGGACAAGCGCUGGGCUGCGGAGCCCUCUAAUCGCUUACCCUUUUGGGUGAUCUCUCGAAUCGAGACGACGUGCACGUGCACUCGUGCAGUUGUUCGAAAUACUGAACACGGAAGAAAAAGAAUGACUCCCAGAAAUAACCAUCGUUGUAUAUUAUGCCACGACCCGAGAUGAGUAACAAUUUUUACAUGAUCAAUUUGCAGAAAAUAUAUUAAUCGUUAUCGUCCACCUUUCUCGUCCACUAAGUAAUGUAGCUCAAUAUUAGCAGUCACUGUCACGUUCACUAUCUCUAUCAAUACGAAUACCACCACCAGUAUUUUCUGAGUACUUGUAUAAUUCCUUCCUCCCGAUAAAAAUAUGACUGGUGCUUCUAUGAGUUGUUUCCUCUCCUGCUUCCUCCUCCAGAACGAUCAUUUGUUACAACUUUCUCCUCUAAAAAUUUCAUCUUUGUAAUACCAGUUUCGAACCUCUAGACUUUCACAUCAUCGCAGUUCUUGGUACUCGAAGGUCUCCAAGCUUGUAGGGAAUUUUGAAAAACAUCAAAAACAAGUCUAGCGAUAGUAUGCUAGUGACAAACCUCAUGCUGAUUCAGUAGUGGUUCUUCUGUUAGAACAAGACUUUCAAGCACAACCGCGACUCUUGAGAAACUGGCAUCAUCUUUCUAAUUCUAUUUGCUGAGCUUAAUAUUUUUAUGUUGUUCUUGUUGGACUUGUUGAGUCUUUGUCUUCUGCAGCUGCUUCCGUCUGCUUCUACCCCAAUGCUACGGGCCUCGAGCUCGUCUCGAACACAUUUCAGACUCUUCGAGACUUUAUCAGAACACAACCUCUUUGAAGCAAAAGAGACUCAUUCCGUCUAGUAAGUGACUCCGUGUAGUCUAAGUACUAAACUCAUUCCGUGUAGUAAGAUGAUUACAGCUAAAAUAGAAGCAGAACUUGAUAUUGAAUGAAAAGCUUCAUUCUACUUAUUCCUGUCGACAUGGACAACAACAUGAUGGAGUAUUCUUGUUAUAUUUAUACAAUAUUUAUUUCGUAGACCAGCACAUCAUCAGUAAGUCUAAGUUAGUAUCUCUCGAGACCUUGCGCGAAGAUUCGGCAGCGGCGCCCUAUCAUAUCCUAUUCUAUUUGAGCUAUUUUUACAAAUCGAUAAUUUCUUCUGAUUCCUUGUGCUUCGACGCACGAUCGACGUUGUAGCUCCACAUGAUUAUACCUCGAGCUUUGAUUUUCUCAGAAGUGAAAAUACCGAAUUCGUGCGGUACAACUAGGCGAUUUAGAUCUUGUUCAUUAAGUGUGCUUAUGCCUGUGCUGAUUUCUUCCUGUCAUGAGGCAGCACAGCCUGUGUGCCGCGAAGCCGACACGACCGCACCGGCAGUUGUUCUAUGAAGUUGUUCUAGUUUGAAGCUGAUAGAAGUCAAGUCAACAGAAAAAAAUGAUGGCGAGAGACGGAGAUAGAAGAAACUCAUCUGAUGACGUCUAUUCGUUGUACUCUUUGAAGAAGUGCGAGUGGUUGUAAAUACAUUACAUUGAUAUUAACCUCAUCAACCUCAUCAACAAGCUCGUUAAAUCGAUGAAUGCCUUACACUCUUUGGAUUUGAAGAUACAUUGAUAUUAACUAAGUCUUUGUGCCUCCUCUGAGGUAGUAUUGCUCUAAAACUGAUGAAACAAGUAUGAAAGAUGCACAACUUUGAUCCACCUGACGGGAGGCGCUUGUGUAAGUACUUAAUGUUGAAAAAUGCUGGAGCUGGUGCUGGAGAGUCUGUAAUGAUAUGGUUAUCACUUCUAUUAGGGAUUGUCAGUCGUGAUUGUGGCGCCGUAUUGGGCCCCAUACGAGAGAAGAGAUAAAAUGGCUCUUGCGGAGGCGUCGGGCUCGUAGCGUGAAGGGGCAUUGGAGUCACACACUUUGCGCUUCAGAGAUUAGCUACGGCAAGGGAUGACAUCAACAUGACGUCGAAUUUAUUGUUUGCCGCGAUGAGCCACAACUAGAACUACUAGAACUGCUGGAGCUCUAGCCUUCUUUCUGCAAUCCAACUACUUCAUGUUGAAAGGACUGCACUUCAUCUGGAAAAGUAAAAAAAAAAAACGCGACGUAAUGGACGUAAUGGACGUUGACUCUUCUAGUAGGAGCUGCAAGUCUUAAGAAGGGGAAAGCACAAACACAACUUCAGUCGUCGACGGAAAUUAAGGCUCACAAUAAUUCAUCCGAACCGAGGGUCUCUCUUUGUUUCAUCCUUAGGAAGAACUGAAGAGCAGUAUGUACUAUGAUUUGUAUAAUCAGCUCAAAAUGUGAAUUUGGAUGAUCGCGAGUUCUAAGAGAAAUGGUAGCGUACAGCUAGUAGAGGCAAAUAUUAAUCUUGCGGUCUACAACAACCCUGACUCAAUGGAGACGACGUCAACUACAGAAGUGCCCAGAGACGAAAAUACAUUAAAACGAGCAUCUCUAUCUGACACCCGAUUCUUGGGCCCGCGAGGAAGCACACGAAGUGCUUGAUGAAUAAGUACACGAAGCAUCAUUAACAGGAGUAGAAGAACUCUUCAUCCCCAAAGGACGAAAUGAAGGAUCGCGGUGCGCAGCGCGAUUAUUUAUUUUUGCAUAACAAACAAGAGUGCUGGUCAGUAGCGUUUCAUCUUCUAUUGUUCUAAAACGAAGCUGCUGGACGUUUCUAUGGGAGUACUUGGGGGUAGGCAAAUCUACUAAUAAUGUUAUAAAUGUACAAGCAGAUGAAGCUGAGUCAUCUAGAAGUAUCCACCCGAUAUAUAUAUAAGCUCUUAACACAGGAAAGUCGUGAUGUGAAGAUUAUCAAAAGAGGAAUACAAAAAUGUGACGGUGGUCGAUUGACCCAGACGCGAACUCGCACUGCUGAUGAUUUUUUCUGAGGAUUCAUUGUUGAUCAGUUCUUGCUCUUGAGUCAAAAAUAUUUUACCCUUCUGCACCUAUGGCUUGUAUUAUUGUGAAGAUGGAAAUGUGAAGCUCAUUAUCG